UAAAACGAUUAUGUCGUAAAUAUUGUUAGCGUUAUUAUAACUUCUUGUCCAAUUCCUAUCUUCAUAAUUUGUACUAAAGUGCCAAUGAGACAAUGAGCCCAAGAAGAACCAAAAUAGUAUAAGAAGCUAACUCUGUAGUCCCAUUCCUCACUAACUCAAGAAAAACUCCCUAUCACCCCAUGGAACAAGAACAUCAAUCUCCCAUUAGUCUCAACAACCUUAAUAACAAUAAAACAACCUCUUCUUCAGCUCUCACAAAAAGACCAAUAACCUUAAUAUCAUCAAAAGAAGAAACCAAUCACAAAAAAUCCAAGAAACUUGAUGACACAAAACACCCUUUAUACCACGGUGUUCGAAAACGUAGCUGGGGGAAAUGGGUGUCUGAAAUUCGUGAACCAAGAAAAAAAUCAAGAAUUUGGCUAGGUACUUUUGCUACACCUGAAAUGGCUGCCAGGGCACAUGAUGUUGCUGCAAUUGCCAUUAAAGGUCACUUAGCCAUGCUCAAUUUCCCUGAAUUGGCUCACCAAUUCCCUAAACCAGCUUCGAAAUGUGCUAAAGAUAUCCAAUCUGCAGCCGCGAAGGCUGCAGCUUUGGAUAUUUCUCCAAGAAAUUGUAUGGAACAAGAGAGUAAAGGUGAGUUAAUGGAAGUAGUGCCAUGUUCUCCUGAUGAAGAAAGAGAGACUAAUGAGGACCCUUUUCUUGAUUUGCCUGAUCUUCUUAUGGAUCUUACUCAAGAAUUUGAUGAAUUCUGUUACUCUAACUACUUUGAAUUUUGGCCUGAAGAGGAUCUCUAUUUGUGGGAUUACAGCCACGGAACUGUACUCGAAGUUCCACGGCCAUAACAGUAUAAUUUUUUGACGAAAAAUACUCAACUGAACUGAUGCAUGAAUAGUGAAGAUCACUAUUCGUGGACUACUUACGGCAGUGGAAUCGCAUUCCAAGUUUUAAGACUGUAAUAGUAUAAUUUUUCGACGAAAGGAUACAGACAGUGGGAUCCAGAGAAGUAAUGACAAAAAGUUAGAUGAAGUAAUGAACCACUCAUUGUAAAUAAAUGAUGAAUAAAUUGUUUUCUUGAUUUUAAUUUAAUUUUUCAUUUGUAA